CGUUUUCUAUGAUACGUCACAGAGUCAGAGUCAGCCUAGCACAGGGAGACAGGCAUCACAGUUCACAGGCAGCCAUAGCAACGCAGAAAUUUCUUGACUUUUCUACCAGAGGAGACAAUUAACCAGUGUUUAAUUGAAUUACUUCAUCUCCACAUUUCAACACAGCUCAGAGAACAUGCCUGAUUAUGUAGAAACCAACUUUGACGAAAAGAGCGGGAUUGUCCCGUAUAAAGCACCAUGGGGCAGGUGGUGGCAGACAGUAGCUGAAGUCCAUGCUGAGGUGGACAUACCUGCAGGCACCAAGUCCAAGUUUAUCCAGGUCACUGUUAAACCAUCUCACAUUAAGGUGGUAGUCCUGGAUAAAGUGAUUAUUGAGGGAAAAUUGUAUGCAGUAGUGAGGACAGAUGAGACUGUGUGGACCUUGGAGGACAAGAAAAUAUUACACAUAGUUCUGUCAAAAGCUGAUGCAUGCAGCAAGGAGACGCUUUGGGAGGGACUGUUGGCCGAUGAUUUUCUGGCAGACCCCUGGACCGCCCAGGAGAUGAGGAAGAAAUUAGAUCUUGAGCGAUUCCAGAUUGAUAAUCCCGGGUUUGACUUUAGUGGUGCUGUACUCAAGAAAACCUACGACAAAGUUCCAAAUUCUGCCAUUGAGAGAUGGGAGGAGAAACAGAAGGCCCUCAGAGCAGAGAAUCCACCACAAACUUGCCAAGUUGAUGAUCAAACAGACCAGCCUGAAGAGCAAAGUGUUGAGAGUGAAGGUAGCUGAGGUUGUGUACCAUAGAAGUUUACCUGAAGAAAUUGUAAUAAUAAAGUGGGAUAUUUAUUUUCUGAGCAGUGUGAUAGGUUCAAUAUUUUUAUUUGGUGUGGUAGACCGUUCCACAGUUCUACCACCCUGUGUGUGAAAAUGUAUUAUGUCAUCCCUUGCUGUACGCUAAUUGGUCACUGACAUAGUUUACGUCAUGUCAAGUUAGGGAUCUGUAGGCUUGCUAAGGGCUCCUAUGGCUCCAGAUCUGUAGAAUAACUCAUUUUAUAUGGCUUGGCAACCCAUGGCUAUAAAUAGGUGAGUGUUUGGAGGCUGUAAAAACAGAGACAAGGUUGAGUGUGUGUGUGUGGUGAAGGGAGGAAUGCCAUUUUCUCACCUUCCACACUGUGGUGUUGCCACGUUUCCCAGUGAAAACUUUCAGGAUGCUAUCUGACGCAACUUUGUGCCUCCAGUGUACUUCUUGUAUGUAUAGAACUAAUUUUAUACUGUAGUUAUAUUGAGAAGUAAAUAACAUAAGGAAGUGGUAGCAGAUAUGCUGGCACCUCUGAAAGGACACUGCAUGCAUGGCAAUGCCUGACUGCCUGGGCAGUUACCAUAUGACUUUGGGAGUUCUUUGGGCUUGUUUUAGCCAACAAAAAGAAUGGAAAAUCUUUGACUGUUUGAGUACGACUUAUAUUAAAUUAAUUGACUAUCAAUAGGUUAAAUAGAGGUUUCACUGUAUCCCUGAUUUAUACAUUGUAAUCAGUAUAAGGUGUAGAAGAGUGUUAAUUUCACAAGUAAUCUUAGGACUGUACACUCACUCCAAACAGUAUCUUAAGAAUUUGUGCUUGACAAUAUGACACAAUGGACGAAAGAUUUAGUCAACCCUACCAAGACAACAGCAAUCACAGUGUUCAUUUUGACAUGUAUCAUACCCCACACCUCGAAGAUAAUUUUUUGGAGUGUGUAUACAAGUUAGGAUUUUACCAGUAGGCAAUGACUAUAGGAAUAUAUAUUGUUGCUAGUAUUGUUAGUGAAAUAUUUUGUAGGAUUGUGACUGAUAAUACAAAAAAGAAUUACUAAACUCUUUAUUGUUUAAGAUAAUAUGAACUUAGAAGCUUUAGUAUACAGAACAGAGGACAAGUCAAUACCAAAUCUCCUUUUAGACUAAAUGAAUUAAGUAAUCUAUGUAAUUAUACAAAUAUGGCACAGUACAGUACUUCUGUAUUUAUUACAAAGAGUUUUGAUAAACUUUUCACAAUUU